AUGAUCCCGUCCGGCGCAGACAAACGGCCGUGGCAGCGCGCGCGGGAGCCCAAGGUGGCGUACUGGCGUGAUCGGCGCUGUGCUCAUUUACGACGCCACCCAGCAAGCCGCGCGCUCGUGAUCGGGAUCGGCCGGCAGCCGUAUCGCCGUGACACGGAACGGAGGGGACGAGGAGAGGAUCACGCGCUCCUGCAAUCCGGCCCCAACAGUAAACCUGAUGAAUUUGCCUCAGCCUGGGGGCUAAUCCCUGUCCCUGCCUGGCCAGGCUGGCGCUGCCGGACGAGGGACGAGGAGGAUGCUAGCAGUAAUUUAUUCCUAGCUCCUACCAGCCUACUACCAGACGUCCAGACCUUUUCCUCCCCCGUAAACUACGAGUCCUGCUCUACUCUACCGGUACCUGUAUUAUUACUGGCGGUGGUGGUGUGGUGCUGCUGUCUUGCUCCUGCCUCCGGGGCGCGGCACCUUCCCCUCUUCCUCCUCCUGUCCUCCAAACCUCCUCUCCCACUGCUCGGCCUUUCUCCGCCACAUGGGUUCGGUGUCCUCCAUGGCGUGGUGCCAAAAUGUCGGUCGGGCCCCGUCGUCUUCCUGCGCUUCAGGGGCUUCUUGCGGUUGCGACGGGAGGAGCAGCUAGCGCCGCGGCUGAGCAGGCGCGGCUGUGAUCUGGGGCUGCGCCGCAUUGGCGACUGCCUGCUGCCGGGCUCGCGGUUCCUGCUGUGCAGAGCGCGUGUGAAGUGGGGGCCCAAGAUGCGACCUCUUGCUCUCGUCGCGCUUCUUCUUGCUUCCGUUCUCGGAUCCAGAGGUACCACUCUGGCCCCUUCUCCAGCUGUCACUGAUUCUCCUGCAAACCAAGGACAGGCUUCUAGUCCUCCUCAACCUGCAUUUGCUCUUGGUCCAGUAACUGUUCCAAAAGGGCCGGCUACUCCAUCAACGAGUCCUUCCCCGGAGAAGGCAGCUGUAAGUCCUACUGCUCCCACGGAGCCACAAAAUGCUCCGAGUCCAGUGACUCCUCCUAAAGAGUAUAAUGCACCUCCAGUUGAAGUUGCACCCCCUGAUCCCACCGAUGAGGUUCCUCCACCAGUAGCUCCACCACGAGCUGCAGUUAAAAAUCCCACUCCAAUUCUUCCUGGGACACCUGCAUUGCUACCUUCUGUUCAGGCUCCUGCUCCAUCUGUUGUUCUCAAGGCUAAUCCACCAGUCGCGUCACCUCCAUCUGUUGUUCUCAAGACAAAUCCACCAGUCGCGUCACCUCCAUCUGCAAAUAAUCAACCAAGAAGGCCAGUUGGAUCAGUCCCUCCUUAUCAACCGCCUGCAUUGCCCCCUCCGGCAAAUGAUAUUCCACCAUACCCACCUUCAGGAAGUUUUCCCGCUGUUCCUCCUUCCACUUCAGCAAUCCCACCUCCGACCGCAUCACCUGUUAUUGCACAAGCACCACAACAGCAAGCAGAUCCUCCAAGCAGAGAUUAUAAGAAUGGAAACACAGUGCCACCAGCAAAGACUUACCCUCCUACAAAUCUCAAGAAGCAUCAUGUUCCACAUGCAUCCCCUCCAAAGGAAUCCACUGGCCAAACUGUCCCAGGUCACAAAUCACCAGUUACUGGAUCUGCGCCUGCAACAAGUCCUUUGCCCCAGAACACAAACAUGCCUUCAAUCCCGAAGAAUGCUUCAUCAGUGUCACAUGCCCAACCCUCACCACCAAGUGUAGCUCCAGAAUUGGCACCCACUGGUAGAUCUCAUGCUCGGGGAUGGAAAUCCAGUAAUGCCAAUAACGGAACAAAUACAUCAUCUGCCCCAUCUUAUCCACCACCUCGUGCUCAAGGGCCCGAGGUCUCACGAGCUCCAAGACAGACUGGGACUAAAAGCCAUACUCACCAUGCGCCUCCACCAAUCCCUGAAGGACACCCAAGCUUUCCUGUACACCCCCCAUCCCCUUCGCCAGCGUCAUCAAGGGGUCCUGCUAACGGGAAGAAAAGGCAUAGUAUUUCUCCUACUCUGCCUCCAAUCCCUCCCCUACCGGAGCCAAAAGCACCAUCAGCACAUCCUAUUUGGACAUUACCUCCACCACCACCUAAUUCAGAUUGCAAUUCAUUAUCGUGCCCAGAGCCUCUAACAGAUCCACCUGCGGGAGCACCAUGUGCCUGUGUGUUACCAAUCAGAGUUGGAAUUCGUCUAAGCGUUGACCUUUAUUCAUUUUUUCCAUUGGUCUCUGAUUUUGCUGAAGAGGUAGCUUCAGGAGUAAACAUGGCACAGAGGCAGGUCCGUGUAAUGGGUGCAAAUGUUGCAGGUGAUCAACCUGACAAAACAAUGGUUCUUGUUGAUCUAGUUCCAGUGCAAGUGAAGUUCGACAAUGCUACAGCGUUUUCAGCAUUUGAAAGCUUGUGGAGCAAAAAAGUUUCUUUAAAACCAUCAGUCUUUGGGAACUAUGAGAUUCUCUAUGUUGUAUAUCCAGGGCUUCCUCCUUCACCACCUUCAGGGCCAGAAGGUGUUGGGGAUGGGGCAUUUGGCAACAACAGAAAUGCAAGGGCCAUGAAGCCUCUUGGGGUAGAUGUAAGAAGUCCCAAGAGAAAAGUGAAUGGCAGCCUCAUUGCUAUUGCUGUUUUGUCUACUGUUAUAGCAUUGAUUAUUUGCUGUCUGGCUGCAUGGUUGCUGAUCCUCAGAUUCAGGGGUCCGAGUGACACGGCUCAAGGAUUUCCACAUACUGUAUUUCCAAAAUUUUCUAGGUCAUCUGGCACAGGUCACACACUUUUAGCUGGUGCUGGUCGCUAUAGUUCACCUUCAGGUCCAUCAGGUUCACUGGGCUCAAGCAUUGCAACAUAUGCAGGGCAGGCAAAAACAUUCAAAUUUGCUGAGAUUGACAAGGCCACAAACAGGUUUGAUGAUUCAAAAGUACUUGGAGAAGGUGGCUUCGGAUGUGUCUACCAGGGCACACUUGAAGAUGGAACAACAGUUGCAGUGAAGGUUCUGAAGAGAUAUGAUGGCCAAGGUGAGCGAGAGUUCUUGGCUGAGGUUGAGAUGCUGGGACGUUUGCAUCACCGGAAUUUGGUCAAGUUGUUAGGCAUCUGCAUCGAGGAGAAUGUACGGUGUCUGGUAUACGAGCUUAUUCCAAAUGGCAGCGUAGAAUCCCAUCUGCAUGGAGCGGACCGUGAGACAGAUCCACUUGAUUGGAAUUCCCGUAUGAAGAUAGCCCUUGGGGCAGCACGAGCACUUGCAUAUCUACAUGAAGAUUCUAGUCCUUGUGUGAUUCAUCGUGAUUUUAAGUCGAGCAACAUUCUUCUGGAGCAUGAUUACACACCAAAAGUGUCAGACUUUGGACUUGCCAGGACUGCAAGGGGAGAGGGGAACCAGCACAUCUCUACGCGUGUCAUGGGUACAUUCGGCUAUGUUGCGCCGGAGUAUGCCAUGACGGGUCAUCUUCUUGUAAAGAGUGAUGUGUACAGUUAUGGAGUUGUAUUGCUUGAGCUCCUCACUGGUAGGAAACCUGUGGAUAUGACUCGGCCUGCCGGGCAAGAAAACCUAGUUGCAUGGGCUCGACCCCUUCUAACAAAUGUUCUGAGCCUACGCCAAGCCAUCGAUCCACUUCUUGGCCCUAACGUUCUACUGGACAAUGUAGCAAAAGCAGCUGCCAUCGCAUCAAUGUGCGUACAACCUGAGGUUGCGCACCGCCCCAGCAUGGGUGAAGUAGUGCAGGCGUUGAAACUUGUGUGCAGCGAGGGUGACGACUGCCUUGCAUCAGGAAGAUUCAGCCAGGAGUUGCCCAUGCAAACUACGGCAAUUUAUGACGCGACUGGCAUGGAAGCCGAGAGAGUGCUAAUAUCCGAGAUAUAUGGCUCCACACCAGCCUUUACUCCAGCUGCCGAUUCGGAUUCUUUUCGCAAGCAGUCAAGUUCAGGCCCGCUGAUGACAGGCAAGAACAGGAAGUUCUGGCAGAGGUUGCGAAGCCUGUCAAGGGGCAGCAUGAGUGAGCAUGGCGUCUCACCAGACUAUGAAACCCGCUCGCAAUAUAGUGGUAGGUGA